AGAAUUGUAUGCAUCUGGUGAGUUGGGUGCGGUUUGGAAAGGAUAGGAAGGAGGUUGGGCAGCAGGGUGGGAGCCGAACCGUGCUUCUAUGUAGUUGGAGCCGUUACCGAACCUCUGUUUCCUUUUUCCUAUUCAAGCUGUGACUCUGCAACCUCGUUUCUCUCCAUGACUUCGAAGGUCAUCCGCAUAGUACAAUUCCAUGAAGUUUUAUACCUAUUCUCUCAUUUGAUGUUUUCUCAUGGCCCUUCUGCAACGUGAUGCUCUCGUCAGACAACAUUCCACUACUGACCCUAUUCCUGACGAACUCAAAUCCAUAGUGGGUGUUGUAGAUUGUCGGAUAGAACCAGAAGAUGUUUUCAGACAGAUCUCUGAGCGAAUUUCUCAUUUUCACAUCAACUAAUGGAGGAUUAAGUUUCAUUUUGAUGGAGAGUGGGUGACUGGGCGCUUUUGAAAAGCGGUGCAUUGUGCUUGCGCAAGUUUUGAGGAAACGCCAGAAGGUGCAAACUGAAUGAAGCAUGGCAACCUCAAUUCACAGAGAGCCCUUGGCUGGAGGGGAGGGAAACAUGAUGGGUAAUCCUGGCACGGGCGUCGCUUUUGAUAUUGAAAUCUCAGAAUGUGUCAUCUCCAACUCUCCAGUGCCCAAAUGGCUGAGACAACGUCUGGAGGACAGUCUUGAAAGCAAGACGAAGAGCCUCGAUGAAAUAGAGACAAGACUCAAGGAAGCAGACUUGAGACGUCAGGUACUUUUGCAAUUUCAUGAAUGGCUGGUGAACAAAGCUCGGCCGAAGCGGAGAGUGAGCCCUCCGCACUCUGACUCAGAAGAUUUAGCUCAGCGCCUUGAAGCCAAACUUUCUGCUGCUGAGCACAAGAGGGCGGAGCUUCAAGCCCAAGAGCACAUGAGGUUAGCCAGGAUUCAUGAACUCCGGUUGGCAGCCAAGACAGAGACCCAUCUGCGCAUGGAGCGAGAGCGCGAAGAGUUGGGUUGCAAAGUGGAGUCACGAGUUCAUCAAGCAGAAACCAAUAGAUUAGCUCUCCUGGAACUUGAUAAACAACGCCGGGCUGCUGCUCAUGAAAGAUCAGCGCAUUCAGCAGUGGCCAGAACAAAUCAGGAAGGCAAGGACCGAGAGCGCAUUGAAGCUCUUCGGUUGACCAUAUGCCAAAAAAUAGCAGCUGCUGAGGAAAAACGUGCUGGUCUCAUUGAAGCUGGGAAAUGCCGCGCCCAGGCCACUGUCCUCCAAGCUCGACGAGUCGCCCAAGAGGUUGUACGUGAACGAGAGUUGGAAAGAAGGAACAAAAGAGAGAAACUUGAAGCACGCUUGCAGCGUGCGCGAAGGCAGCGUGCAGAAUUUCUGCAGAAACGUGGGGGUUGUAAAAAUUCUUGCCAGCAGAAACUUCAACAGGGUGACCGCCUUUGCCGCAAGCUCACUCGCUGCUGGAGACAGUUCCGACAGUCCAGAAGUACUACAUACGAGCUGGCACAAAAUUAUGCAGCAUGUGGGUUGCACGGGAAGUCUGUCACAUCCAUCUCCUUUGAGGAGCUUGCAUCCCGCAUCACCGCCCCCACGACUCUUAAAAUUGUCAAGGCACUGUUGGCUCGGAUGGAAAGCCGUCUAAAACUAUCUCUCGAUGGUCAAUCCAGCACUACCACGAGCGUCGACUCCCUGCUCAAGCAUGUUUCACUACCGACGCGCAAAUCGCGUCCACCAAGUGCCACCAGUCUGAUGAUAAGAAAGGACAAGGCUUUACGUGCAGGCAAGCUUCCCCCAAGAGACCCCACUGCCUCUCCGGUUGCUUCUGGAGCCUUUGAUCUGAAAAAUUGCUCUAAAGAAGCCGCAGCUGAGACAGAGCUCGAUCGAUACCCCGCUCGCGUAUUCCUAUGUGCUUAUAUGAUAGUGGGCCAGCCAGAGGGGGUGUUUAGUAGCGGCACGGAGAAACGAGAGCUGGCUCUUUCAGAAGCAGCCGCAAGCCUUUUACCCGAGUUUGAAGUUUUGAUGGGAAUCAUCCUCGAUGGUCCUACGUCCACUCCGGCAGGCUCUUCUUCUCCUAACGGCUCUCCUCAGAAGCGAUCACGAACCGAGUGGCCCUCAGAAACCACAGCUCCUGCUCCGUUGCCUUCAUCCCGACCAUUUGCUGCUCAGCUCGCCGUAUUUGACGCAGCGUGGUGUGCUUAUCUGUACCAUUUUGUGGCGUGGAAAGUGAAGGAUGCCCGGGUACUGGAGGAAGAGAUGACGAGAAUGGCCUGUCAGUUGGAGGUUUCUAUGCUUCUCAAGUGUAAAUUUCCUGGAGAUGUCGUUGUUAUCAACCCUGAUGUUCAGGUCAUUCGUACUCAGGUGCUCCAAGAUCAAAGACUACUGCAGGACAGAAUCAUGCAUCUUACUGGUGGGGCUGGUGUGAAGAGGCUUCAAGAAGCCUUGAGGGAUGCCCGUACUAAACACGCUCAGGCUGUCGAGAGCGGUGCCCCAUUAAUUUCUCCCUUUGUCACCAUAACUGGAUCUGGAUUAUCUACUGAUGCAGAUGGUCCUGCUAAGCCACCUCCUGUAGACACCAGUUCAGAUGUUGGUCAUAAAUACGAUCCUAAAGUUGUUAAGCCGCAAUUUAAACUGCCACCUCCAAUUCGAAGAAUUCCAGUGAAUCUGAUGCGGGAAAAAGGUCUAGAGACACAGGAAUUCUCUCCGACUCACCAAGGUGGUGAGCUUUCAAAUGAGCGCAUUGUGAAUGAGAUGCUCCAUGAUGCCAAAUGGCAGCUGAAGAAGGGAGGCCCAGAGCUUUCCUCUGCUACGAAACGAAUGAUAGAGACUCAGGCGCAGGUACGUACAACGAUGGAGAAUGCGUUUUGGGACGGAAUUACGGCUGAUUUGGCACAAAAGCCAACUGAUUAUAAACGAUUUGUGAGCUUGAUAGGGGAAGCCCGAGAGGAACUCGAAGCCCUUGUCCCUGAAGGAUGGAGAGACGAGCUUCGGGAGUGCAUGGAUUUGGAAUUAAUCGCUCAGAUUUUGGAGUCAGGGAGCAAUGAUGUUGAGCACCUGCAACGACUGUUGGACUAUGCAUCUGGAUUGAUCUCGAAGCUGGGGUCCCCAACUCGAGAUAGUACUGCUAAUAGUGCUGCUCAUGAGUCUUUGGUUAAAGAAUCAGCAGCAACUGUGUCUUCAAUUAUCAAGGACUCGGAUGACGCAUUCUUCACCACGAUUGUCAAAGGCCUGCGUUUCAUUUUUGAGCAGCUUCAGGGGCUGAAACAGGACAUGAGUGCUACUCGCUUGCGCGCACUGGUUCCUCUGAUCAGCGGGACUGCUGGCGUGGAAUACAUGCGCAAAUCUUUUGCAACAAGAUACCAGCUUGAAACUGUGGUUGCUUUUGCAGAAAUUACCCAGCGCUUGCCGAACACGUUGAACUGGUUUACUGAAGGUCUUCAGAACAUCGAGCAUGAGAAAGCAGAGUUGGAAGUCUCACUGGCACUUGUGCAAGGAACAUCGGCUAUUGCGCCAUCGGUCGCUGCAGGGCUACCCCCUUUGUCAUCAAUGCGCACUGGUGGACGGAUUGGUGUUGCCAGUGGUCUAACAGCUGCCUAUUCAACAGCUGGGUUUGGGCUUCACGCUUCAGGUGGCAAAAGACUUCAUGAAGUAGAAUGGAAGAGCAAUUUGACGUUAGUGUACCUUGGCUUGCUACGUAUUCUACGCUGUAAUGAGCCUGCACAGGAACCGUGGGUACCGGAGACUCUUGCUCUCAACACCAUACGGCUACGUGACUGCCAGAACGCUUUUCAACGAAUCCUUGUGAUAGCCACUGGUUUGCUGGUAGCAAGGCAAGGGUUAAUUACCCAGGGCGUUGCGCCACUUCAAUUGGAGGUCAUUAUGGAGAAGGGCAAACAAAAGCUUGAGGUCCUUUUGAAUGAUCCGACAGCUUCUCUGACUCAAAUUGGGACAAUUCUUGCCGAGAUUGCGAACAGAGGAGAUGAAGUGGAGACGUGUUCAGCACCCUCUGUGGCUCCUGUUACCGCAGAGCUCAUGACGAGAGUUCUCAAGAAGAGCUUGUCUCCAGAAGACCCAGUGUUUGCACGAGUCUCUGCUACCGUAGAAGCUAGCUUACGAGCACUACUCAUUCUUGGCAAGAGCUCGGAGGGCAUGGCGUGUGCUCAGGCAGCUUUGAAGAGGAUUGGUGGGGUAUAUCUCAUGGACAAGGUCACUGCAACAGCCGCUGCCCUGGAAGUGCUCGCAGAAGUGACAUGCCGAGUUCAUGAGCCUUGGUACUCUUGCAUCAUCGCUGCAGCAGCACGGACUCAGCAGCUGCGCACUGCAGCAAUACCCGCGGAAUAGAACAUCAUAUGACAUGCUCUUGUGUCCUAUCCGAAAGGCUUUGCCAAUGCUGCGCUGGUCGUUAAGGAUGAUAUAGAACAGACCGGUGCAUGAUUUCUUCAACAAGCUCCUCAAGAACGACUGUAAUCAUCAUGUUCCAUAUUUUGGGACGUCUAGCAAAUGGAAGUGACACAAAAGAUAACGGUUGUUCAGCAGUGACGACUCAUUCUGGCGUUAUUACGUUCAUAAAUCCAGAACCGACGCCAUGAUAGUUUUAUUAAAACUUUAUGAUUUCCUUCAAUUAGUUGCAAUUAACAUAAUACUGAUAGUUUGAACAUCUCCAUUCUUUUUAUUUGUGCAAACAAAAUUUAAAUGCUUGACCCAAUUUGUUAAGUUACUGACGGAUACAUGACGAUUCAAUCUGUGAUCCGCUGUACUAGGAACUCUGUCGAAGGCCGACAUUCAGCGUCUGCUCACGUUGUCUCAGGCAAGAGAUAUGGCUUUGACUUAGUUAACCUUGCGUCAGUGAAAGUAGUGCUGCUGACUGAAGUGGGUCUGCAAUUCUAGUAUGCAAGAUAUCUGAUUUUGUGUUUCGAAAUUCUGUGGACAUCAAGGUUCUUCAUUCGUUCCGAUUA